UCACUCUCUCACAACGCUCCACGUGCUGCACCGAUUCAGAUGUGUCCUCCCUCAAAGGACCACUGCCUUUUUUCUCCACACGACGACUUACCGGCGAAAAUAUAUACAAUUCGGUCGACGACAUCAAAUAGCCAACAACCUCUUGAGCGACGAUAACCUGCUGCAAGAGAUGCACUCUAACUGCAUGCAGUUGAAGACUGGGACGGCUUUACAUGAAACAUAAACACAAGUUUUUCGGAAAUUUCCUCAAUCUUUCCGUGCGUUGUGAAUCUCUCGACCUGUGAACACACACUUAUUGUACCUGGACUACCUUUCAGUGAAAAAGAGAAACUGUGCUACGGACGCCACGCAACUAAAUUGUGAUUCUUCCUCAUUCGUCAACAUACCUGAAAUACAUAAACAGUGUCAAAUUCUUGUGAACACUAUCGAUACCUGAGCCAAUAACUAUCUACAAAAGUACAUAGAAACCUAUACACAGUAAAUACUACGUAAGUACAGACUCAAUCUACCACAUUCAUGCAGGUGCUGGUCUCGCCGCAUGAGUUUACUCGGCAUUACGAUUAAUAUCAAAAACUAUAUACGCUUCGAAAAAGUGCAUCCCUUGAGGAACCAGGAAAGAAGCAAGUCAAUUAAGUGAAAGGAACGGUAUACAUGUUGCAAAUCUGGAGUCGCUUUUGUGCAUCUCGCCAAUUCCUUCCGAAUUCCAUAAACUUUCUCCAAAGCCCAUUCGCCGAGUUCUCGCCACAAACACCACGACCGGUAGCAGCCACCGGUCUUCAUCAUCAUCAUCUCAUCAACGUCUAGUGAGUCGAAACAGCGAAGAUUGUGGAGAACGGGCGUCCUUCGUCUACGGCCAACAGCAACAACAAUCGAGCUCUGUGGCAGAUAUCUCCUCCCCAGCAAGACACCACCUUCAAGUGCCUACUGCUCAAGUCAGUGGUAGUCACCUCAAGACAUCUCAUCAACAUUCCACCUCAUCAACAAGCAUGCUUCUCCUCCAGCCUCAAGUCUCUUUGCCCGGAUUUGCCGAGAUACCCGGAUUCCUGGACGCCUUAGUGGACGCCGAGUCGGUACUUCACAACUCAGACUCCGAGUCAGAGUUUCUGAGCGGAGUAGGAGCAGCGUGCGGAAACUUUUACGAGUCGGUGGACUACUCCAAUAUUGCCAUCCCCCAAGGAAUCCAAGGACUGCAAGGAAGCGGCGGAUUCUCCCUCCUUUACGGCGCCGGAAACAAUAACCCAUUUUCUCAACACCCCCACAAUCAUCAUCACCACCACCACCACCACCAACACCAAAGUCAUCCCCACCAUCAUCAUCAUAGCGGACACCAGUCCAUCACGACCUACAUGGAAGAGACGUCCAACAGCAGCAGCAACACUGAGCAGACCGAGAAUGAGCAGAGCCCUGCAUGCUUUCUCCUCGAGUCCUCCUCCCUCUCGCUGGACGGAGGGCCACCCGACCCAGGAACCCCACUCCCAUCCUUCCAGGAAACAUACAGCCCACGCUACAGGCGGGACGUCUUCAGCUUUGACGAGGCUUCCGUCUCCCCAUCCUUCUCUGGCGGCCCCGUGGUUGGGGGACCCUCUUCAUCCGCCCCGGCCACACCCCUCACUUCCUCCUCCUCCUCCUCCACCGCCACAACCACCACUUCACACGGUGGGCAGCAGACGCCUCAUCAUCCCGUGAGCAACCGACGCCACCCAUUCCAACACCAGCACAGUCUGGACAGUCCGUCCUCCUCCGCCACUGCCAGUCCCCAGACGCCAAUGUCAUAUCAAAUGUAUUACCCCUCUCAGUCCCCCUCGUCCUCCUACGAGCUCAUGCACUCGCCUCCCCCACCUCCUCUCAUUCCCAUCGCCACGACUGCGACCGGCUCUCACUGCUCCGCUCCCAAACAGCGCAAAAUAAGUGGACAGUGUCACAUGAAGCAGGUGAAGGUAGAGAGUGGGGGGAGCAGCAGUCACGACAAACCCUGCUCCCCAGCAGAGGAGCAACUCUCGAGCGGAAGUCAUCAUCAUCAUCGUCAUCUUGGGCACGACCAGGCCAUGGAAAUACAGUCCGGCUCAUCGUCAUCUGCCAUGACACCGCCGGCCGAGAAAAUGUGCGCCGUCUGUCAGGACAUAGCAGCAUGCAUGCAUUAUGGGGUUCGAACUUGCGAGGGGUGCAAAGGGUUCUUCAAGAGGACUGUGCAGCGAGGAGCCAAGUACGUGUGCAUGGCCAACAGGAACUGUCCGGUGGACAAGCGAAGGCGGAACCGCUGUCAGUUUUGCCGGUUUCAAAAGUGUUUGACCGUGGGGAUGGUACGCGAGGUGGUGAGGACGGAUUCACUGAAGGGACGACGGGGGCGGUUGCCGUCUAAGCCGAGGGGGAUCCCCCACCAUGCCCCCACCCACCCAGUCUCCCUCAUCACUGCUCUCGUCCGUGCCCACCUGGACACCAGCCCCGACUCUCGCAACAAGGACUACGCCAUGUACCAAGAGCCACCCUUUCACGAGGGAGACUUGCCCCAGGACAAAGAGUCGCUCUUGAACCACCCAGAGUACAUUCAGCAGUUUUUUAGUCUUCUGAGCAGUUGCUUUGAUGUCAUACGCGCAUUUGCGGAAAAGAUUCCGGGAUUCCUCGAGUUCAGCAAGCAGGAUCAAAAUCUUUUACUUCAGAGUGCGUCCCUGGAACUUUUUGUGCUCCGACUCGCCUACAGGAUCCAGCCAAACGAAGAUUAUCUCACUUUCUGCAAUGGGAUUGUUCUGCACCGAGAUCAGUGCAAGUCCUUGUUUGGGGACUGGUAUGACACCAUCACAGAGUUUAGCCAAUCCCUUCAAGCCAUGCAACUCGACCUGUCCACCAUGGCCUGCUUGGAAGCCCUCGUUCUCGUGACUGAUCGCCAUUCACUGGAGGAACCUGUGAAAGUAGAACAACUGCAAAUGAAAAUCAUCGGCUCUCUUCGAGACCACGUGACCUACACUGGCGACGGGCAGACUAAACCUCAUUUCUUUUCCAGGAUUUUGGGGAAACUACCUGAACUGCGAAGUCUGAGCGUCCAAGGUCUUCAGCGCAUUUUCUACUUGAAGUUGGAAGACCUGAUUCCUGCACCUCCUGCCAUCGAGGCCAUGUUCUCCUCAACCCUGCCCUUCUAAUAAAAUCCCACGCUUCUUCAGGUUGAGGACAAUGAACUAGACAUCAGGAUGAUAUAAAACAAUGGCCCCUUUGAAAGACUUUUGCAUUACACCGGUACAACGUAAAUUAUGGCGACUGUACUUAUUGUUGCACGAUAUUGUAGGAUGUCAUCUUGAAGCGUUGAACGUGAAAUGUUUAUUAGACUGCUGGGAAUGGUAUACACUUAAAAAUAUACAUAAUUAGGUAAUAGGAAAGUUUGAUUGCUGAUUGGGUGCGAGUGUAUUUGCAUACAUUUGGCUCUCGGAGGGGCGCAAAUGAGGUAAAAGCCACACCCAUCCACUCACAUCAUGAACCCAAUUCUCAUCUCAUAAUAGUAAUUGUGAAGAGCAAGUAUUAAGUCACACAUUCUUGAUAAUAUAUGGUCACGUAAAUUCCCCUCCCCGGAAGCUAUAUAUUAUCUAAUAUAUUUAUAACCACGCUAGUCUCAUUCAUAAUAUUUGCUACCACCACCCCCACCAAAGUACAAUAGAGUACCAAGACAUUAUUUUAAUCCGACUACUAACUAUUAUGAUUUAGAUUUAGGUCAUAAUAUGUAUGUACAGAUUCAGUACCAUAAUAAUUCACAUAACGCACUGUUGUGUCACUCACAUCACCAAAUAUCUCCAUCCACUUUAUACCACGAUUAUUACACCAGUUAAGAGCACUAAAUAUACUAAAUAAUAGAUGGGAAAGAAACACCAAGUUAAUUGUGUUUAUUAUACAAAAUAUUAUGUAAAAGCCAGCCAUGCUACCUAUCCACCCACCUGGCACCCACAAAUUAAGAUAUCAUACUGAUAACAAUGUACUGAAUAAUCACGGUCAAGAAGAAUGAUAUUCAAUGCUAAUUUAUAAACUUUAUUGACUCUCUCAUUCAUUUUUAUGUUGCAUAAUAAUAGUUGUGUUGAUGAUGGUGAUGUAUGUAGGUAGACGAGAUACAUAAUAUUGUUAAGAAACCAAAGCUCUAGACAAAAGCUAACAACAUUAAGUAAACUAUUAAGUAAACUCGUACGACGACAAAGUUGUUGUUUGGUGCAUAUUAUUUACUAUUAUGUAUUAGUAUUAUGAUACCAAACGUUGUUCUCGUUAAUAGGAUUUGUAUCUGUUCUCUACUUAUUACUUUAUUACUCCAUGAGCCAGACGUACACACCCACUAAUAUACUUACUUACUACUACUUCUACGGCCGACAAACAGUCGAAAUAUCUGUGAAAUUCGUGUUAUGUAAUAAUUAUAAUAGUCAACAUUCAGUCACAACAAUAAUAUGAGUAUUUAUGCAUAUAAAUAUAUUGAUCAAUAAAUCUGAGUUGAAACAAG